CACACACACACACACACACACACACAUGAUGGGGCUUGGGUACAGCCAGGCGGCGGAGCGUGCGUGUGACGUGUAUGUGGCGAGAAGGCGGCGGUUUGAGGCAAGUCUCAAGGCCACCAGUCACGACGCGCAUGGUGGCAACCGCAGCAGUGGGAGUGAGGCAAGCGCCGUCACGGCCGUCAGCGUGCGGGAGCGAUCAAGGCAGCGGCACCGCCCAAAGCGCAUCUCCGUCACCAGCGCAGGCAGCGGACCAAGCCCGCCACUGCAGCGGCAGGGCCGGCGGCAAGGCGUGCGGCCUGUUGGUCGGACGCGCAGCAACGGCACGCGGGGGAGAAGCAGCGGAGGAAGUAACGCCACCAGUCCGUUCUCCCCGCUCACGCCCGGCAGCGGGUCAUCCUCGCGGGUGCUGAGCAACUCGCCAAGCCUGGACGAUGGUGGCGGCAGCGGAUAUGUCGUGGGCCACGGCAGACACAGCCAGGACCUGUGGCGCGUGCCAAGCCAAGAUGUCAGCGAGGGGCACGCCACAGCUUCAACUUUCAAACCCAGCAACACGAACACCAACACCAACAGCACCACCAACACCAGCACCAAAACCAACACCAGCAGCAGCAGCAGCAGCAGCAACAACAGCCAUGGCAAGAACAAGAUGGACAGCGUCCCGAACAAGGAUGGCCCAGCAAGUGUGUCGACGACGCCCGCCACUUCUCCGAGCUCACCUCGACGCUUUCGAAGGCGAUCUUCCACCAUCUAUCCGGUAUCUGAUGUGUCUGCUGCUGCGUCAAACGCUUCCUCUCCCUCAAUGCUGCUAGAUACUGCUUCUUUGGGCACAGCGGAACAAGUUAGGGAGGGUUCCAUCUCGGCGCAGGACACAGUGCUUCCAGGUAGCGCAAGCACAGAGCGCGAUGGGUCGCCGCAGCCGCAGUCGCAGUUUUAUCAUGUCGCAAAUCGGCAGCGCCGCCGAACGUGGUCGCAGGGCGUCACAGUUGCAAAUCACAGCAGCCCCAACGACCACCAACACUACCACCACUCCCACCAGUCACACACGCAGUCGCAGCACUUUCAUCUCCACCACCACCACUACCACUUUGACCACUUUGCAUCAGCAUCAACGUCGCUCUUUUCAACAGCAACAUCAACAGCAGCAACAGCAGCAACAGCAGCAACAGCAACGGCGACGUCCGCACAAGGCGGGGCGGGCUUCUCAACAGUCACAGCACCUGCAUCCCCAUCGCCAACACCAGCCGCCACCACGACGGUGCCGGUUCGCCUUCGUGCUCGCCGCCCAAGUCGCCGCGCAUCGCAGCCAACGCCGCUUUCCCUCAUUCCGGAACAUUGACGAAUAUCUUCCAUCAAUAAUCGAGCCAAAUCAAACGCGCAACAACAACACCGUUUAGUGGAAUUAGUAGACUUGGCAAACGGUUCACGAGCA